UUGGACACAACAAUGCAACCCAUUCCCCCGCCAUUGAAUGAGGAACACUUUCCAGUGCUUGGUCCAUUAGAGUUAAAAAAGAAAGGCAGGACAUAUCUUGAUGAUGAAAAGAGACAACGAUCAAACCACAGCACGUUGGUUGUUAAAACAUCAAGAAUGGAACACAACACAUCCAAACUGUCGUCGAAUACUUUACCAGUAAUAUCUGGAAAAGCCUGUGUACUGGAGGAGUUACAGGCACCAUCAAUGAACGAAGAAAAUUUCCCAAUGUUAAGCUCAUCAAGACCUGUCAAGAAAAAGCGACAACAAUCCAUGGAAAGCACAACAAAACCACGUCUGGAAACAUCGAGCCAUCGUACUAAGAUAAAGGAGCAAACUUCGAGUCUACCACCAAAGAAAGACAGCUGUGUAGUGCGUGCAUAUCGACCACCAACAGUAGGAAACCAUAUUGUAAAAGAUCAUUUUCCUAAGUGGGGUGGUUCAGCUAUGCUACCUUCUGGAUCAGUGUCAUUGAUCAACACUUGUCCAGCUGAUGGCUGGAUUGUCAUCAUGCACGUAUUAUGGCAAGAAAACAUCGCAGUACGAAAAAGACUCUCACAAAAGGACUGUAAAGUGUUCCUGGAAAUGGAAAACCUUUAUAAAAAAGGCCAAUUCAAUGCCAUAAAAAUGAUUGUCAUGAAGCUGAAUUCCCUCCAGCCACAAUUUAAUCGAAUCAACUUUUGGAAUAACGAAUACGUGUUGUUCAUCAGACAUUUUAAUGUACUUUAUGGAAGCAAACAGCUUUCGAGGUGUUCAUCACCCGACUGUCCUAAACGAGACAGGAUGAUUGUUAGCAAUGCCUGCCCGACAUGGAUGGAUCCUAAUAUUUCUUUACAAGAGACAGUUCUAUCUUGGAUGCAAGAAAAGGAAACGACAAAAUGUUAUGAAAGAGACAUUGGCGCUCAGUACUGUAGCGGGCAGAGACAAUUGCACCAGCGAACCUUUGACGGAGGCUCGUCACAUCCAGUCCUCAUACCAGUGGAUACAGAGCUUAUGGCUGAAAUGGAUGAGAUACUGACCAUGAACAAAGUACCUCCGCAUCUAGAGAUUUUAGGAAGAACGUACACUUUAAGAUCCAUUACUCUCAUUAGCAAAGAAGAACAACAUUACGUCUGUAUUUUCCGGUACAAAGGCCAGUGGUUAUUUUACGAUGGCCGUGAAAAUGAUGGAUGGCCAAGGCCAUUAGGAGCCAAUACGUCUGUACCUCGACAGACAUAUUUCAUAUCUCAUUUAUUGUAUGAAUAAAAUAUAUGUUUGUCUUAA